GAACCCAGCUCCGCCGCCUGCGGGUGGCUCCUCCAGGCCUGGAAGGCCGCGGGGGCCUGCAGAGGCCAGGGAGGGGCAGGCGGCGGAGCCGGGCCGCCCCCUUCCAAUGGGGGCGGGCCGGACGCGCCUUUAAAUGCGGCGGGGCCCGCGGCCCGAAGAACCCGCUGAGGGAGCGCCCCUCUCGCGCCCCUGCGCCCGCCCGAGCCCGAGCCGCGGUGCGUGUGGCCGCGCGCGCGCCCCCCGUCCCUCCGCAGACGUGCCCCCGGCCGGUCCCCCGCGCUGCAGGCCGGUCCGCCAUGCAGGCUCGGGCGCUGCUCGUGGUCGCGCUGGCCGCGCUGGCGCUGGCCCGGGAGCCCCCGGCGGCUCCGUGUCCCGCGCGCUGCGACGUGUCGCGGUGCCCGAGCCCCCGCUGCCCCGGCGGCUACGUGCCCGACCUGUGCAACUGCUGCCUGGUGUGCGCCGCCGGCGAGGGCGAGCCGUGCGGCCGGGCCCUGGACUCGCCGUGCGGGGAGAGCCUGGAGUGCGCGCGCGGCGUGUGCCGCUGCCGCUGGGCGCACGCUGUGUGCGGCACGGACGGGCACACCUACGCCAACGUGUGCGCGUUGCAGGCGGCCAGCCGCCGCGCGCUGCAGCUCUCCGGGACGCCCGUGCGCCAGCUGCAGAAGGGCGCCUGCCCGUCGGUGCAGGUCUCCACCAGCUGACCAGCCCGAGGUAUAAGUUCAACUUCAUCGCUGACGUGGUGGAGAAGAUCGCGCCUGCCGUGGUGCACAUAGAGCUCUUCCUGAGGCACCCUCUGUUUGGCCGCAAUGUGCCCCUGUCCAGUGGCUCAGGCUUCAUCAUGUCAGAGGCCGGCUUGAUUGUCACCAACGCCCAUGUGGUGUCCAGCAGCAAUGCAGUGUCAGGCCGGGAGCAGCUCAAGGUGCAGCUGCAGAGCGGGGACACCUAUGAGGCCACCGUCAAGGACAUUGACAAGAAGUCAGACAUUGCCACCAUCAAGAUCCGCCCCAGGCAGAAAAAGCUCCCAGCAUUGCUGCUGGGCCGCUCGGCAGACCUGCGGCCCGGUGAGUUUGUGGUGGCCAUCGGCAGCCCCUUCGCCUUGCAGAACACAGUGACCACGGGCAUCGUCAGCUCGGCCCAGCGGGACGGCAAGGAGCUGGGCCUCCGGGACUCCGACAUGGACUACAUCCAGACGGACGCCAUCAUCAAUUACGGGAACUCCGGGGGACCGCUGGUGAACCUGGAUGGCGAGGUCAUUGGCAUCAACACACUCAAGGUUGCAGCCGGCAUCUCCUUUGCCAUCCCCUCGGACCGCAUCGCAAGAUUCCUCACGGAGUUCCAAGACAAGCACGUCAAAGGGUUUGGGGUUCAGAGGCUUCUGGGGGACUUUCAAGACUGGAAGAAGCGCUUCAUCGGCAUACGGAUGCGGACCGUCACACCAAGUUCUGGAGGCCAGGAGUCUGAAAUCAAGGUGUCAACAGGACGGCCCUCGCACUGAAGGCUCUGUGGGGGAGAAUCCUUCCUGCCUCUCCCAGCUUCUGGGGUCUCCAGGCCUUCCUUGGGUUGCAGCCAUACCACUCUGAUCUCUGUUUCCAGCUGCACACGACCUUAUUUCUGCUUCAAAUCUCUGUUUCAAAGGGCCCACUCUGGUCAGGAUGACAUCCUAUAGAGAUCCUUAACCUAUUACAUCUGCAAGGGCCUUGUUUCCAAACGAAGUUACCUUCUGAGGUUCAGGCAUGAAUUUGGGGUAGGAGAGCAGUCUUCUACCUCCCCAGGCCACUCAAGGGAGGAGGUACCCCUCUCUGCUCGCACAGCCACGCCUGCCCCCAAGCCCUGCGCUGCUCCCAUUGUGUGAGAAUCGCCAUUCACGCGCCACCCCGACCCUGGCUGUGAGCUCCCUAGGGGAAGGCGCUGGGUCCUACCUGCCCCUCUGCUCCACCCCAGGACCAGGUCUGCAGUGGAGUGGGUGCCUGGAAAUACUGAAUGAAUGAAAUAAGAGGUGGGUGGGGAAGGGAGGAAGAGGGAAAGGAAGCAGAGGCGCAAGAAAAUGCAGAGUCCAGUCCAAGGAUGUGAAGAAGAAAGAGGUCAUUGCAUCGGGGAGCUCUGGGGAGAACUAGGGUGUGCUUGGCUGGCUCCCCACAAACCCAUGCAGUCCCUGACACAACCCUCCUUCCUGUUUCAGCAACUGUUGAUCUGGGAUUGAAUCUGAAAGCAAUUUGUAAUCAAGACCAAUAUACCAAUUUACUUUUUAAACGUCCUCUUUCUUUCUCUUUCACCCAAACGUCCAUCCAGCAUCCACCCAUCCACCCAUCCCGUCUUCUGUGCGUCCAUUCCAUCGUUCACCGAGGGUCCGUCCAUCCCUCCUCUAUCCAUGCAUCCACCACUCAUUACCCCCUCCCUGUGUCCAUCCGGUCGUCCGUCCCCCCACCUUUCAUUCCUCCUGCCACUCGUCUUCCCACCCAUCCUCCCACCUAUCCGUCGCUUUCCCCUCCCCACACAGCUAACCAUGCACCUUCACUAGGUGCCCAUGUCAAGUGGGGGCACAGACAGGAACCAGGGACAUCCCAGAGUGGUCGGUGGCAGGGCAGGGCCACGUGGGGGCCCAGAGGGGGCUCCUCAUCUGGCCUGGGUGGUGGAGGGAAGGAGCGGGCAGAUGUGCACCAAGGAA